ACCUCGGCUCUGACCUUUGACCUCAAGGUCUGAGCCGAGCUGUGAAUAAUUAGCCUGAACCAGCGAGUGUUAUCUGAGGUCAAAGGUCACCUCCUGAGUCUGAUCCAAUCACAUCUCGUCUUUUCCCAAACACACGGCCCAUCCUGAGACUCCUGAGCAGUGUUUGUGUCAUGUGACUGAUGUCCCCUGGUGUCUCCUGAGGACUCCUGGACGCAGACUCGGUCCUGUUUUUGGCUCGUGGUGUUUUUUGUUGUUUUCGGGGGGGGGGGCAGGGGGUCCGUGUGAGACAGCAGGUCCCUGAAGGACACACCCCUGAGCGCAGGGUCCUCCCCUGAGCGGAGACGCUCCGGAUCAGUUCACACAGACAACCAGAGGACACAGAGGACAGGAGACAACAGGGACAUGAGCAGGAUCACAGCCGAUACCGAGACCCGGCCCGGGUCCAGGUCCGGGUCCGAUGAGCUCGUCUUCUUCGUCAACGGGAAAAAGAUCGUCGAGAAAAACGUCGACCCGGAGACGACCCUGCUGACCUACCUGAGGAGGACACUGGGUUUAACUGGAACCAAACUGGGCUGUGCUGAGGGCGGAUGUGGAGCCUGCACCGUCAUGCUGUCCAGAUACCAAACACACACCCAGCAGCUGCUUCAUCACGCCGUCAACGCUUGCCUCGCCCCGCUCUGCUCACUGCACCUGGUCGCCGUGACGACCGUGGAGGGCAUCGGCAGCGUGGCAAGAAAGCUACAUCCUGUCCAGGAGCGAAUCGCGCGAGCUCACGGUUCUCAGUGUGGGUUCUGCACUCCGGGGAUCGUCAUGUCCAUGUACGCUCUGCUGAGGAACAACCCCGCGCCCACCAUGGCCCACGUGGAGGAGGCCUUUCAAGGAAAUCUGUGUCGUUGCACCGGAUACAGACCAAUCCUGGAGGGAUACAAGACUUUCACUGUGGAGGGCGGGUGUUGCGGGGGACGGGGGCGGGACAACGGCUGCUGUUUGACCAACGGAGGCGGAGCUAAGGAAAGCUCUGAGGAAGACGAAUCAACGUCUUUAUUUAACGCUGCUGACUUCGCGCCCUUUGACCCCACACAGGAAACCAUCUUCCCUCCCGAACUCGUGUCCCUCACUAAAUGUCAGAGGUCCUCGCUGUGUUUCCAUGGUGACAGAGUGACGUGGCUGCAGCCCGCCAGUCUGGAUGAGUUUCUGCGUCUGAAAUGGGAACAUCCGGACGCCCGGGUGGUGGUGGGGAACACUGAAGUGGGUAUUGAGGUGAAGUUUAAGAACAUGCUGUACCCGCUGAUCCUCGCGCCGACCUUCAUCCCUGAACUGAACUCAGUGACGUACACUGAGGACGGCGUGUCGUUCGGCGCGGCGUGCACACUCAGCAAUGUGGGGACGGUGCUUAAACAGGCGGUGGAGACUCCUCCUCAUCAGACCCAAGUCUUCCUCGCCGUUCUGGAACAGCUGCGCUGGUUUGCUGGAACGCAGAUACGCAACGUGGCGGCAAUUGGUGGAAACAUCAUGACGGCGAGUCCCAUCUCAGACCUGAACCCUGUUUUUAUGGCGGCCGACUGUAAACUCACACUGAGGGACAAAGACGGGACUCGAGUGGUUCGGAUGGACGACGAUUUCUUCACGGGUUACAGGAAGACGACUCUGCACCCACAGGAGGUCCUGAUGUCCAUCCAGAUCCCCUACAGCAAGAAGUCUCAGUUCGUCUCCGCUUUCAAACAGUCUCCUCGUCGGGAGGAUGACAUCAGCAUCGUCACGGCGGCAAUGAGCGUCACCUUUGCUCCGGGCACUGCCAUUGUUCAGGACUUGAGGCUGAGCUACGGCGGUAUGGCGGCCACCACGGUGCUGGCGAAGAAGACGGCGCACAGGCUGCUGGGAAGGCGCUGGGGGGAGGAGCUUCUGAAGGAGGCCUGCUCCUCAUUGGCCAAAGAGAUGACCCUCGACCCUUCUGCGCCGGGUGGCAUGGUGACGUACCGGCGGACUUUGGCCCUGAGCCUCUUCUACAAGUUCUACCUGACGACGCUGACCAAUCUCAGACAGCAGGGUGUGGACGUGGACGUGGUGGGGACAGACUGUCUCAGCGCCACACAGAUUUACCGUGCAGAGACUCCGUCCAGCAUUCAGAUCUACCAGGUGGUGCCCGAGGGGCGGGGCCAGGAUGAUGUUGUGGGCUGUCCCAUGAUGCACCUGUCCGCUCUGAAGCAGGCGACGGGAGAGGCCGUUUAUUGCGACGACAUCCCGCGAUACGAAAAUGAGCUCUACCUAUCGCUCGUCACCAGCAGCAAAGCACACGCCCGCAUCCUCUCUAUAGAUUCCUCAGAGGCGGAGCGUUUACCUGGAGUUGUCGGUUGUGUGUUUGCCACCGACCUCCCUGGCAGUAAUGCCACUGGACCUGUCCAGUACGACGAGACCGUCCUCGCCGACGGCCAGGUGACGUGUGUGGGUCACAUCAUCGGCGCCGUGGUUGCCGACACGCAACUGCACGCUCAGAGAGCCGCCAGAGCUGUCAAGAUCGAGUACGAAGAGCUGCCCCCGCUCGUGACCAUCCAGGAAGCCAUUGCCGCCCAGUCCUUCUAUCAGCCAAUCAGAACCAUCCAGAGCGGAGACCUGGAGGCGGGCUUUAAACAGGCCGACCAUAUCCUGGAGGGUGAGAUGCACAUCGGUGGUCAGGAACAUUUCUACCUGGAGACAAAUGUGACGCUGGCUGUCCCCCGAGGAGAAGACGGAGAGAUGGAGCUGUUUGUUUCUACCCAGUCCGCCUCCAAAACACAGUCUCUGGUGGCGAAGGCAUUGGGCGUCCCCGCCAACAGGGUGGUGGUCCGUGUGAAGAGGAUGGGUGGCGGCUUCGGGGGGAAGGAGAGCCGGUCUACCGUUCUGUCCACUGUGCUCGCUGUGGCUGCAAACAAGCUGAAGAGACCUGUGAGGUGCAUGUUGGACAGAGAUGAGGACAUGUUGGUCACUGGAGGACGACACCCCUUCUAUGGGAAAUACAAAGUGGGCUUUCUGAGCAGCGGUAAGGUCGUGGCGUUGGACGUGUCAUACUACAGUAACGUGGGGAACUCGUUGGACCUCUCUCUGUCGGUCAUGGAGCGCGCUCUGUUCCACAUGGAGAACUCGUACAGCGUGGCGAACGUGCGCGGCCGCGGUUUCCUGUGCCGCACCAACCUGCCGUCCAACACGGCGUUCCGAGGCUUCGGGGGGCCUCAGGGCAUGAUGGUGGCUGAGAGCUGGAUGGCGGACGUGGCUCAGAGCGUCGGGAGGCCGGCAGAGGAGGUCCGCCGGUUGAACCUGUACAUGGAAGCAGAGUCGACGCCCUACAACCAGGUCCUGGGUCAGUUCACCCUGGACCGCUGCUGGGACGAGUGUCUGUCCCGCUCUGUAUACCAGCAGCGCCGCGCCGCCGUCGACCUCUACAACAGACAGAACAGGUGGACCAAACGAGGCCUCGCCAUCAUCCCCACCAAGUUCGGCAUCAGCUUCACCGCCGUCUUCCUCAACCAGGCUGGAGCUCUGGUUCAUAUCUACACCGACGGCUCUGUCCUGCUGACCCACGGGGGGACGGAGAUGGGACAAGGACUCCACACCAAGAUGGUCCAGGUGGCCAGCAGGGUUCUGGGUGUCCCCUGUUCAAAGAUCCACAUCUCAGAGACCAGCACCAGCACGGUCCCCAACACCAGCCCCACUGCCGCCUCCGCCUCCUCCGACCUCAACGGAGCCGCCGUGCAGAACGCCUGCGAGGUCCUCGCCAACCGUCUGCAGCCGUACAGGAUCAAGAACCCCAAAGGAUCAUGGGAGGACUGGGUCAAAGCAGCGUACCUGGACAGAGUCAACCUCAGUGCCAACGGCUUCUACAGGACUCCAGAUCUGGGUUAUGACUUUGAGUCAAACUCGGGCCGAGCGUUCCACUACUUCAGCUACGGCGUGGCGUGCUCGGAGGUGGAGAUCGACUGUCUGACCGGAGCUCACCAGAACCUGAGCACCACCAUCGUGAUGGACGUCGGCUGCAGCCUCAACCCUGCCAUCGACAUCGGACAGGUGGAGGGGGCCUUCAUGCAGGGCCUGGGUCUCUUCACCCUGGAGGAGCUUCAUUACUCCCCACAGGGCGUCCUCCUCACUCGAGGUCCUGGUUCCUAUAAGAUCCCGGCUUUCGGUGAUAUUCCCGCCAAACUCACCGUCUCGCUGCUCCGCGACGCGCCAAACGACAAGGCCAUCUUCGCCUCCAAGGCUGUCGGCGAGCCUCCUCUCUUUCUUGCAUCCUCGGUUUUCUUCGCAAUCAAAGACGCCAUCGUGGCCGCCCGGGCGGAGUCAGGCGUCAGCGGUCCCUUCAGACUGGACAGCCCCGCCUCCGCCGAGAGGAUCCGCAACGCCUGCACGGACCAAUUCACCAAACUGUGUCCUCCUGCAGAACCUGGAACCUUCACCCCCUGGUCUGUCCAGGUCUAGGACUGGACGACACGUCCACAGUUGGAGAAUCUGUUCGCCGACAAAACUACACAAACAAAAUAAGAACGUUUUUCUCCGUGCACAGUUCAGUCCCCGAUUGUCCUUCGCUGCCGAAUCAGGACCUCAGAGACAGCUCCAGGUGUGUCCACAUGGUGGUCUCCAUGGUGAUGGGCAGCACUUCAGCAUUUAUUCAUCAAUGACACACCUGUCUUUGUUUCUAUGACAACAUCCUGAGAUCAGCAUUAGCUCCUCUGUCUCUGUCAACUUCAACUUUUUAUUUGUCCCCAAAGGGCAAUUGGUUUUGCAGCAAGGCAUAAAAGGACAUCGAAAAAGUACAAAAGACAAAGACGAGGUAACAGACGCUGAAGAUAGCAGCACUCGAGACACAACAGUGAUCCCUGACUGACGACCCUAGUCGCUACAUUACACACAACAAUCAGGUGCUGAGUCAACAUGAAAUUCAAACAUGUCACUGAUAAUUAUCACCAAUGAUAAAAGUCGUCGUGAACAACAUCAGCGGCUGAACGUCAGCGGCUGA